GUCGCAAGCAAGCAAAAAGUCGCGACAUGCAAAUUGCUACCUACUAAGACAAUCGAUCUUCUUUACUCAUUCCUGCGUCACCAAUACCAAUUUCUCUUCACGAUUGCACUUGCCUUAUUACAAAUAUUUUACGGGAUAUUCAACGCGAGUUUAACAUAGUCCAAAUUAUUCCCGAUCGGAGAAAAUAAUAGUCGCAUUAUCGCAUCAUCCACCAUGGAGAGUGUCGAGGCUGAUCAGACCCCUUUCGCAGCCGUUACGGCCCAGACUUCUAAGCUCCAGCGGCAAUACCAAGCCCUAUUAGAUCGAUCGACGCCAUUUGUCCUGCAACGAUGGAUUGGCACAGGUGCAUUUCUAGGCGUCUUCUUUCUCCGCAUCGUCUUCGCACAAGGCUGGUACAUCGUGGCAUAUGCUCUCGGCAUUUACCUUCUUAAUCUCUUCCUGGCUUUCCUCCAGCCCAAAUUUGACCCUUCGAACGAGCUCCUAGACAAUGAGAUGGAAGAUGGAUCAGCUGGUGGCCUGCCCACGAAGCAGGACGAGGAGUUCCGACCAUUUAUUCGACGACUGCCCGAGUUUAAGUUCUGGCACGAGGCCACACGCGCUAUCACCAUUGCCUUCACUUGCAGUUGGUUCGAGAUCUUCGACGUUCCCGUCUUCUGGCCUGUGUUGGUUAUGUACUGGAUCAUCCUCUUCGUCCUUACCAUGCGCAAGCAAAUCCAGCAUAUGAUUAAGUACCGAUAUGUUCCAUUCUCAUUCGGCAAGGCGAAGUACGGUAAGACUAGUACUUCAUAGGCAUGUGUUUACGAGGAUCAUUUGAUGAUGUCGGGAUUAAUCAGGGCAACGCUGGGAAAGGCUACUGAAGGGGUCUAGACUAAAAGUGUAGACAGUUUCGGUACAUUUUAAUGAAGUCUACCUUUAUCAAGGUGGUGUACGCUGGGGGUUGACUUGUACAAAUUACGAUAUAGGCUUUUUGUAUUAAGGUACACAGGACACAGGAGCUGGGGUUCUGAGAUACGGAGUAAUGUCGUGAGCGUCCGAGUUAAUGCCGGUUGGUCUUAGGAGGCAGGACGAGGAAUGAGGAUAGCAUGGAAGCGGAUUGGGCGCAGGUUUGACUCUUCCGGAUCAUCAUCAUCAUUAGACAUUCUACUGAAGAGCAAUAUUAAUCAGCCUUAAAAGUCAGUUGGGGCAUCAUUGGCAUUAAAGAAUAUUUAUGAAAUUGUGGUGUUUGGUUCAUUAUCCAUUAUCCAUUAUCCAUUAUUCA